AUGUCAGUACCAAAAGCGGUAACCCCGAGCUACACUCGGGCUUACCAUGCAGCGCUGCAUAGGGAGUCCCUGCAGCACUUACCUUGUCCUUGGCUCCCGCGAUGUGUCCCCUGCAGCGUCCCCGGCCAUCUCCUCCGGCCGAUGCCGGCAUCCAGCUUCUGUGUUCCGGUCCCUGUGACCGUCGGGACGUACGGGCGGCGUCGGGAAAUUUGAAAAUUUAAAAAAAGUAAUUUUUUUCAAAACUAAUUUACAUAUGCUUUGUCCUGUGCCCUGUCUGCAUUUUUACUGUUCUUUCUG